AUGAGAGGGGAUUGUGCUACAGGUGGGCAGGGGGUGUCGCCGCUGUUGUCGGUGCUGACUGGAGUGACGUUUGACGUUGCUGGGCCGGGCGAGGAGCUUUGCGGGUCUCUUGCGAACGAGCGCAUUGUGUGUGACCGCCGAGCUGGCGGUGGUUACGGUUGUCCUUCUCCGAUGCCCGAGUGCACGCGAUUAGGGUUCGGCAAGGCAGAUCGGAUCACGCCCCGGCUGUUUCUGACCAUCGCCCUGCAGACUGUGGACCUGUUGGCGGAGAACGAAGAGACUUUGUUCAGCGAGAAUCAGAUCCAUUUGGUUCACGACAUUCAUCCGGUCGUGAAACUGGACUUUGCUCGCGCGAAGGAGUACGAUGGUUUUCAGUCGGUAUCCGACGAGGCUGAACGAGUUCACAUGGUUCAGAAGGUCUUAAGCAGAGUUGCCAACGAAGGCCGCUUGACUGAGUCAAAAGGCGGUCCACGGGUUAGCGCGGAUAUCCUGGCCCCCUUGAAGACCGCGGUGAAGACUAUGGGCGAGUUGCGGGAGGCGUUGUUCAAGACCUACAGCGGACUCGAACCCUCUGGCGACUACAAGUCGUUCUCCUGGAAGGGCAUUUGUCGUCCGAUGCUUGAUAUCAGCCAGGGUCAAGUGACGGCCAAGUCUACAGGAACACCCGUUUGCUCUCGAUGCGAGUCCGGUCCAGUGCACAGCUUGCCCGUAUGGAAUGGUCUGAUGGACGCUACCAUGUUCCCGCAGUGUACUAAGUGGAGGGACUUCGUACCUGCUGACCAUCGCGUCCCGCCCAACGAAUGGACCGUGGCAGCCCCGGGCGGUGGUGAGUUCUCACCUCAUGCCCUGUGGCCGGUACGGAGAACGGCGGGGGGCACAUGGGCAGACGAAGCGUCCUCCAUGGGUCCGCUCGUGGAGGAGGAGGCGAAGAAGCAGGGAGUGAAGUGCUCACCAUUCCCGUGGCAGAGCACUUGGCGCCCCGAAAACCCUAGUGAGUCUUGGCCCAGUAGCGGCACUUCCGAGGAAGCAGUAAGCAAAGCCAUUAAGUCCGACUUGGACGAACGAGCAGCGUUCUGGCGGGUCGUCAACCUCAACGACCUCCUCAAGUCAUACCGAUUGUCCAGCGAAGUCGUCACACAACUCGAGAAAGACGCUCUCAAGCUCGUCGCCGACGCCCAGACGAUCGACUCCUGCGAACACGGUCGCAGCUGGUACAUAGGCAGCUACCCACAGGUCUACGUAGUACUCGAGUCCUCCGACCACGGCAAGUCCAAUUUGCGUCUUGCCACAGGGCCCGUCUGUCUCACCGCCGAUUCUGAAAAAGAAGCCCGUGACAGACACAAGAAAUUCUGGGACCAAGUAAGAGUCGAUGCAGGAUGUGCCAACUAG